UCUCUUUAAUCUCGCAUAGAUUUUAUAAUGUUUUCAGUUUUCACACUGUUAAAUUUCGGCAUAUAACGUGACGAUCUUUGCAAUCUCCACUUUGAUUGUUGGCUGGAUUUUGAUCAGAGCAUACUGUUAGGGUUUAGUUUGCGAUCCGGACAAGAUCUCGUUGUGCGUUGAUGCUUACAGGAAGGGGGAGAUUAUCGGUGCGAGCAUCAAAUCUGUGAGAAUUUGGGCGGAAGACACGCAACAAUAUGAACUUCAGGGGCAUCGGAGUAGACGGCAUGGACGUCCGGCAGGAGCCGGACGGGGCGGCGGCACAGCCGCUGACGCGGCAAUCGUCGAUCUAUUCACUAACCUUUGACGAGUUUCAGAGCACGAUGGGUGGUGUCGGGAAGGAGUUUGGGUCGAUGAACAUGGAGGAGUUCCUGAAGAACAUCUGGACAGCCGAAGAGAGCCAGGCCGUGGCCUCUGCUCUUGGCGCCCCCCCUGAUGGAGGUUUAGGCUUACAAUCUGGGCUCCAGCGUCAGGGAUCGCUUACGCUUCCGAGAACACUCAGCCAGAAGACCGUUGACGAAGUGUGGCGAGAUCUCACCCCCGGAAGCGCUGGCGGAGUGGGUGGAUCCAACUUCCAGCAGCAGCAGCGGCAGCCGACCAUUGGAGAGAUGACCCUCGAGGAGUUCCUUGUACGAGCUGGGGUGGUGAGAGAGGAGAUCAACCAUUCGGUUUCGGGACCUGCUAUUAAUAGCACAGGAAUUCCUGACGGCAGCAGUGCCAAUAUUACUAAUAGCGUCUUUUACGGGGAUUCUUUGGCUUCUGGAAAUAAUAACUCCGGUCUCUCACUAUGUUUUUCUCAGGCAGGACGCAAUAAUGCGAACAUCAUGACGAGCUCCAUUCCGGGCAAUGAUAACGCUAAUCUCGCUAUGUCCGCCAAGGGUGCGAGGACAUACGCCCCACAGUUGCCAUUGGGCAGUAAUAUGAACUCUCAGGGGAUGAGAGGUGGAGGAUUCCUUGGUAUUGGGGAUACGGUUGUCAACAAUGGGAUGAUCCCUGGGAUGGUCGGCUUAGGUGGAGUAGGGGCCAACGUUGUCACGUCAAUAUCGCCGGCGAACCAGAUUCCUCCCGACGGCCUUACAAAUGUGAAUGGUGAUCUUUCUUCUUUAUCUCCCGUGCCUUACCUUUUCAAUGGGGACUUGAGGGGGAAGAAGCGCAGUGGAGCUGUGGAAAAGGUUGUGGAGAGGAGGCAGAGGAGAAUGAUAAAGAACAGAGAAUCAGCAGCGAGGUCUCGGGCCAGAAAGCAGGCUUACACGAUGGAGCUGGAAGCUGAAGUAGCUAAAUUUAAAGAGCAAAACCAGGAAUUGCAAAAGAAGCAGGCUUUGAUCAUGGAGAUGGAGAAAAAUCGGGCCUUGGAGGCGCUUAAUCAGCAGGAAGAGACUAAGAAGUUAUGCUUGAGGAGGACACAAACAGGUCCCUGGUAGAAGUAACUGGGUAAGUGAAAAACUAACAUGGAUAAUCUCAUUCUACCUUGUAAAUUUCUACAAGUAAACGUGAAUCCUUCUAUAAAUUAGGGAUCAAGAGUGCAGUGUUGUAGAUUAAGUUUGUUUGCCUUCGUCUUAAUUUUGUCCUUUGUUGCUGCUGCUUCAUUUCCUGAUUUGAAGCUGUAGCAGUUCAUCUGCUGCUUUAGUUCCCUAUUAUUUGAACUUGCAAUAAGGUCAGGUUGGGGAAAUGCAUGAAUUUUUCAAUGUAGAUCAUCUUUGAGUACAUCUGGAUUUUUGUCCAUCUCCAUCAAUUCUCUAGUGUAUAAAUUUGUUUAUUGCUGUGAUUGAUGCAUCAGUUUCUUA